CCCAAACUUUACACCUUCCUCACCCAAACCCCAAAUCAGGAAGAAAUGAAGGAAAUUCCCAAAACCAUUAUCAUCUCCUUCUUCCUCUGCCAUUUAUGUUGCUUUCAGUUCUUCAAAGCAAAUUCUCAAUCCACCGAUUCUUGCAACUCCAAACUUGCUCUCAAAUCCCAACUCCUGUUUGAUCCCACUUCUUUCAAUUGUCUUCCCGUCUGGAAUUCUCAUGGCUUCAUCCUCAGAUAUAGGAAAACAGAUUCAAGAGAGUGGAGUUUCUUGCUAUCAGCUCCAAACAUGAAUGCAUACAUUGGAAUGGGGUUUUCAUCAGAUGGGAGGAUGGUGGGGUCCAGUGCCAUAGUGGGGUGGGUGGGUUCCGGUGGGACACCAACCAUGAAGAGGUAUUUUCUUGGUGGGCAGUCUCCUUCUCUAGUGCAGCCUGAUCAGGGUAACCUUCAAUUAGUCAACCGGAGCUCAUCCAUCGUCGCCGAGAAUUCAAGAAUCUACAUGGCUUUCCGGCUAAACACCGACCAGCCGUCGAACCGGUUGAUCUACUCCCUCGGACCCACCGGACAGUUGCCGUCCUCCGCCACUUUCCGCCUCACACAACAUCAAGACCAAAUUUCUACUUCCUUGGAUUAUACCACAGGUCAAAGUCAGACAAAGACAUUGUACGGGAAGCUAAAGAGGACCCAUGGGUUGUUGAACUUGUUCGGAUGGGGAAUAGCGGUGCCUAUUGGGAUAAUAGCGGCUCGCUACUUCAGGGAAUGGGAUCCAAUCUGGUUUUACUCCCACAUCGCAAUCCAGACAGUGGGAUUCAUCUUAGGAUUCGCAGGUGUCAUUUGCGGUUUUGUGCUCGAAAACCGUCUUGGGAUUAAUGUUCACACCCACAAAAGCCUUGGCAUCUUUAUUCUCGUACUCGGUUGCUUGCAGGUGAUUGCAUUUUUGGCAAGACCUAAAAAGGAAGCCAAAGUGAGGAAGUACUGGAAUUGGUACCAUCACAACGUUGGAAGGAUUUUGGUGAUUUUGGCGAUCGCAAAUAUAUUUUAUGGAAUACACUUAGCUGAUGCAGGAAGUAGUUGGAAUGCUGGUUUUGCUGUUGCCAUUGUUGUCUUGUUCAUUACCGCAUCUGUCCUUGAGAUUAGGAAAUGGAAGUCACGAGACUAAUUUAUAUGCCUUAUUCUUUUUGUUUUUCUUAGUAUUCUCUUGGUUUCAAAUUGUUUUGGCCCUUUUUUAUUGACGUGAAGAUGGUUGAUUUUCGUGCUUAAUUUUCCAUUAUACCAUUACUUCGUAUUAUAUAAAUACUUCGUAUAUGUUAGAUCCGGAUACGUCGUACAU